AUGGAUCCCUUUCACGUGGAUGACUCGGGCAACCGGAUCACGCUGCAAUCCCAGCUGGAGCUCGUGGACCGUGCUGAGCCGGCUCGUGUGCAGUGGAACUACUGCGACUCAGACGAAGCCCGGACCCAGCAUCUCUCGCAGGCUUUGAAGGACCGGCUUCUGGACGAGACUGAGCGGGGGCAGUACAACAUCUCGGACGACUUCCCAUGA